GACGAAGCGCCUCCCACAGCGAGGGCACCGACUCUGCUGUUUACAUUAGUGUCUGGCAGCGAGAGGGUUAAAGCUGAGAGAAACUCGCCUGUGAAAACUCUUGAGGUUUGGCCGUUUGUCUUCAGUCCCAAGAAGACGCACAGUAGUGUCUUUAUGAGGAGACACCGUGAGAGACAGACAGACAGACACUGAGCAGAGAGAGAGGACGGGCUUCUACACAGAGAGAGACAUUCAUUUGAGAAAUCAUGGACCAAAACCCACUAAUCAAGCCGAGGAGGAAGACGACCCCUCUGAGCAAGCAACAGUCCACGCCUGUUCUAGGGAGGCAGAUGCCACGACAGUUCCAGAAGAUCUCCUUCUGUGAGGUGGAUGAGCAGGUAAAGCUGCUGGCUGAGAAGGUGUAUGCUUCAGCAAUAAAGGAGGAGAACACCAAAGAUGUCAUGUCCAUGUUUACUGUGCCUGAGGACUGCCCCAUUGGCCUCCAUCAGGCCAAGGAGCGCGAAUUGCGUAAAGAACUGGCUGAGGAACACUCUGCAGAGUCUGUCAAGAGAAAGAAGAGUUUGAAGCUGAUACGGUCACAGUCAGUAUCCCUCCAGAUUCCUGGUGCUGCUGACUGGGCCAUGUCUGUGAUCUCCCCUCUGCUUACCCCCGACACCACUGGACCCUCUGUCCCAAACAACGUCCCAGAGUUCCAGAGAGUCACCAUCAGUGGAGACUACUGUGCAGGGAUCACUGUGGAGGACUAUGAGCAGGCAGCAAAGAGUCUGUUGAAAGCGUUGUUCAUCAGAGAGAAAUAUUCUCGUCUGGCAUACCAUCGCUUCCCAAGGACCACUGCCAAGUUUCUAAGAAGCGCCAAUAAUGAGAAAUGGAAUGAGGAGGAAGAAGUUCUGCCCGAUACCAUUCCCUGCCCAACUGAUGGCCAAGACACAUACAGCAUGGCGGACAUCCCCCAGAAUCUGAACUACAUCCUAAAGAUGAAGGAUGGCAUCAUCUAUGUGUAUGUUGAUGCAGAAGCCGUGACUCAGGAGAAACCACAUGGUUUGCCCUACCCUGAUAUGGAGACCUUCGCUAUUGACAUGACUCAUGUCCUCGCCAUGAUUGCUGAUGGACCAACGAAGACCUAUUGUCACAGAAGGCUGAACUUCCUGAUGUCCAAGUUCUACCUGCACGAGAUGCUGAAUGAGAUGGCCGAGCUGAAGGAGCUGAAGUGUGUUCCUCACAGAGACUUUUACAAUGUCAGGAAGGUAGACACCCAUAUCCACGCAGCUGCCUGCAUGAACCAGAAACACCUGCUCCAGUUCAUCCAGAGCACCUGUAACACAGAGGGAGAGCGGGUGGUGAUGGAGAAGAAUGGGAAGAAGCUCACCCUCAGACAGGUGUUUGAGAACCUGCACAUGGACCCUUAUGACCUCACAGUGGAUUCGCUGGAUGUGCAUGCUGGUAGACAAACUUUUCAUCGAUUUGACAAGUUCAACUCCAAAUACAAUCCAGUAGGCGCAAGUGAGCUUCGUGAAAUCUACCUCAAAACUGACAACUACAUCAAUGGAGAAUACUUUGCACGCCUUAUAAAGGAGGUGGCUCAUGAUCUAGAAGAGAGUAAGUACCAGUAUGCAGAGCCUCGUCUUUCAAUCUAUGGCCGUUCCCCUGAGGAGUGGGAGAACUUAGCAAAAUGGUUCAUCCAGCAAAAGGUGUACUCUCCCAACUUAAGAUGGAUGAUACAGGUGCCAAGAAUCUAUGACAUUUUCAGAUUGAAGAAGAUCAUUCCCAGCUUUGCCAAGAUGAUGGAAAACAUCUUCCUCCCUCUGUUUGAGGCUACUGUUAACCCACAGAAGCACAAGGAAAUGCAUGUCUUCCUGAAAUAUGUGACUGGGUUUGACAGUGUGGAUGAUGAGUCCAAACACAGUGAUCACAUGUUCUCUUAUAAGAGCCCUAAGCCUGAGGAGUGGACUGCUGAGGAGAACCCACCUUAUAGCUACUACCUCUUCCAUAUGUAUGCCAACAUAAUGGUGCUCAACAACCUGCGCAAGGAACGUGGCCUCAAUACCUUCCAGUUCCGCCCCCAUUGUGGUGAAGCAGGAUCCAUCACCCACCUGGUGUCAGCCUUCCUCACUGCAGACAACAUCUCUCAUGGCCUCAACCUGAAGAAGAGUCCUGUGCUGCAGUACCUGUUCUACCUGGCCCAAGUGCCCAUUGCCAUGUCUCCUCUCAGCAACAACAGCCUUUUCCUAGAGUAUUCUAAAAACCCCCUCAGAGAGUUCCUGCACAAGGGCCUGUGUGUCUCCCUGUCCACAGAUGACCCGAUGCAGUUCCACUACACCAAGGAGGCGCUGAUGGAGGAGUACGCUAUUGCAGCACAGCUGUGGAAGCUCAGUACCUGUGAUGUCUGUGAGAUCGCCAGGAACAGUGUCCUACAAAGUGGUCUCUCCCACCAGGAGAAGAAACACUUCUUGGGUGAGAACUACCUGCAGGAUGGACCAGAGGGCAAUGACAUCCGGCGGACCAAUGUGGCCCAGAUCCGCUUGGCCUACAGACACGAGACCCUCUGUAAUGAGCUCAGCUUCCUGGUGGACGCUGUUAAGUCAGUCAGCAUUCCGACACAGGGAGUGUGAACACUGCUGGAAUCCAUCCUCACGUGACAUCUCAGCAGCUGAAUCAGAAAACAUACAGAGAGCUCCUAAUGAGACACAGGGGAAAAAUAGGAGCAGUAAGUUUCCUAGGUUGCACUUUCAUACAGUAAAAGAAUGUCUUGUGGAACUGAGCCCAGGAGCUCUGCUCUGCCUUUGACUUCUCAGUGCAAACCAUUCAAAGGAAUGGAAUAUAUGAAUCUGUGUUAUAUGAUGGUGUGUGGUGUUAGUUUUUUUUUAAUUUAGUCUAUAUUUCCAUUUCACUCUUUUUGGUCUUUUUGUUUUGACUGUAUGUUUUGCAUGAAGGGAGUGUGAACCCUACCUUGUUGAACUUGUGAAACUGCCUGUGGAACAUCAGCAUGUCUUCUUGUAAGUCGCUCUGGAUAAGAGCGUCUGCUAAAUGCUGUAAAUGUAAAUGUCUUUUGCUACUCACGACACAGCAUUUGUGCCAUCUUUUAAUUGCCUGGUAAGCAUAGCACAUACUGCACUGUAAUACCGUCUUUGUUAAUGUAACACAAUUACAUUAACAUGGAACUGAAUGUUUUGCUUGCCUGUACGUGUGGGUACAUUCUGUUUCCUACUGGUUGAGUGCUCUGGAAACUUAAAAACAGUGAGACAGAAUUUUUUUUUUAAAGAAUAAAGUUUUCCCAAUUUCUAGUGUUGUAA